AUGAAAUCCAGUAUUGAUGAACUACAACCGAAAUUAGCAAAGCAUAAUGAAAAAGAUUCCGGAGAAAGUAGCUUCGGUACCAUCAAAGAAUUGUCGCCGGCUCAAAUUAAAAAGGAAUCAGUCGGCCUUUCAGAAACAUCGCCACCAUUGGAGAGGGCCGAUUAUAAAGUUACAAUCGAAACGCCCGCCGUAAAAAGUGAUGUUUCUGAAGAGGACGUCUCACCGCCCUUGGCCCAGGAGACGAGUGUUUCCCGUGACAUCACGUACAGCAGCAUUACGACGCCCAUUUCGUUUGCGUCGCCGGGCACUAUAAGGUUGUACUCGCCGGCGAUAUGCCGCUCGGCCAGCGAAACGUUCAACAGAUCGAGCUCGCGGAGCACCGAUUCGCCCUCGCGCAGCAUGGAGUUGUCCAUGUCGAUCAAUCUGAGCUCCGGCUCGAUGUCGCCCGUCAGCCCGGCGCCCAUGCGGGACAUGAACGUCAAAGUGCAGGAGAUCAAACGGGAGAGGGAGGAGCAGACUGAGGUGGUCAGGAGGCUGGUGUUGGAGAGGCUCGGAGGCGGGCACCGGCCUGAGAGGAAGUCGACCCGCAGGGCUAGGCUUUCGCCGGCCGCCAAUAUCCCACCACCGAUCCCCCCACCCCCCGUUUUGCCAGCGCCACCACCACCACCGCCGCCGCCGCCGCCCCCGCCCACCUAUUCCUCGCCGCCCCCGAGACCAACUCUUCCCCAAAUUUCCCUGCCUGUCACACCAUCGUUUUCUGAUCCGGAGCUAGCUAGAGACAGGAGGGGGAAAGGUAUCAUGAAGAGCAUAUCCAAUUAUUUGAACAGGCGUCUUGGACCUCGUCACAAGUGGGUCUCGGAGCCGGACCUGACGACGCACCAAGAAAAUCAACAUUCGACACGUAACGCCGCUCACAAGUCAACGGGGGCGCUCCAAGAGGCACCGCCCGUACCCCCGCCCCCCGCUUGCUACUCUCCGCCAGCAGAAACGCACUCCUCUUGCAGAAGGUUACCAGGCGCCGUGGACGUUGACGAGCGCGACGCGAUGCAGCUGUGGUUCGAGGCGCGGUGGGCUCGGCUGGUGGCUCAGAGGCGAGCCCGCGAGUCGUGCCGCCACGAGCCAGCCCGCCCCGAGCCAGCCCGAACGGAGCCAGCCCGCCAGCCGCGAGGCCGCGAGCCAGUCCGCCACCAGUCGCUGCGCUUCGACGCCCAAGCCGAGCCGAGCGCCAGGAGGCUUGCGCGGCUCGAGCGCCGCCUGAGCAGGCCGCUCUCUGCGGAGCAGCAGGCGGCCACAGUAGCCGAGCUCGUACAGGUGUCAGCGCAGCGCGAGGCACACCAAGCCCUGAUGGCGGCAGACAGGAGGCGAAGCGCGUCCGGUGGAGGCGUC